AUGGAGCUGAUCCGUCAUGAGGACGUGGUGUCAGAGCUCCGGGACGGGACAGUUGUUGGGGCCCCCGAUGAAUUGGACGGGCCCCCGGUGAGCUGCCGUGCCGAUCCUCCGCCUAAUGGCUCCCCUGAGGGCCCACAUCAGCCCCUGGGCGCGGCGCAGCACGGGGCCCGCUUUAGAAACUGUGUUGCAGCAGAGGCCCCCGGGGACCCCUCCCAGGAGCCGUGA